AGGGCUGCUGUGGUUAGAGCACAAGUACUGUUUGGAGUUUGUUUAUCUUCUUCUCCCUCUCAUCAACCCUACGCCAUUUUGCCAUUUCGUUCGGAGCUCCCAUGGAGGGCACGAUGCUCCUGCGCGCUCUCUCCUUCCCGGCUUCUUCCUCGACGCUUGCCUCCUCCAGGUUAUUCUUCCGCCAUGCCCACCGACUCGCUCGCCUACCGAAGCGGCAGCGGUUGCUUGCCAAUUUACAACAGCGGUCGCUUCUGAGCAGAAGAUUUCAAUUUGCAUCGUCGGUCGCUCGGCCGUCUAUCGAGAUGAAGAGAUGUUAUUGCACUCCGUCCGUCCGCGCCAUUGCCACGUCGUCUGCGCAGCCAGCGCCGGAGGUUUUGGGAGUGGAGGAUGAGGUGGCUGAGAAGCUAGGAUUUGAGAAAGUGUCUGAGGAAUUUAUUGACGAGUGUAAGUCUAGAGCUGUUUUGUAUAAGCAUAAGAAGACUGGGGCAGAGGUUAUAUCGGUUUCCAAUGACGACGAGAAUAAGGUCUUUGGUAUUGUUUUUCGAACGCCUCCAAAGGACUCCACAGGAAUUCCUCACAUUUUGGAGCACAGUGUACUUUGUGGCUCAAGGAAGUAUCCCCUGAAAGAACCAUUUGUUGAGUUGUUGAAAGGAAGUUUGCAUACCUUUCUCAAUGCGUUUACCUAUCCAGAUAGGACUUGCUAUCCUGUUGCUUCCACAAAUGCUAAGGAUUUCUAUAACUUGGUUGAUGUGUACUUAGAUGCUGUCUUUUUCCCUAAAUGUGUGGAAGAUGUCAAAACAUUUCAACAAGAAGGAUGGCAUUAUGAAUUGGAUGACCCCUCGGAAGACAUUACUUACAAAGGAGUUGUUUUCAAUGAGAUGAAAGGAGUCUACUCUCAGCCUGAUAGCAUAUUGGGCCGAGUUUCCCAACAAGCUCUCUGUCCUGAUAAUACUUAUGGUGUGGACAGUGGUGGUGAUCCUCAAGAUAUUCCGAAACUUACAUUUGAGGAAUUCAAGGAGUUCCACCUGAAAUAUUAUCAUCCAAGCAAUGCUAGGAUCUGGUUUUAUGGCGAUGAUGAUCCGGCUGAACGGUUACGUCUCUUAAGUGAUUAUCUAGACAAAUUUGAAGAAAAUUCAGCUCCAGAAGAGUCAAAAGUUGGUUGCCAGAAACUCUUCUCAGAACCUGUUAGGGUUGUUGAGAAGUAUCCUGCUUCUGAAGGUGGUGAUUUGAAAAAGAAGCACAUGGUGUGCCUUAAUUGGCUCCUUUCUGAAGAACCACUGGACUUGGAAACUGAGCUAGCCUUAAGUUUUCUGGAUCAUUUAAUGCUGGGAACCCCUGCUUCUCCUUUAAGGAAAAUUUUGCUAGAGAGUGGCCUAGGAGAUGCUGUUGUUGGAGGGGGCAUUGAAGAUGAGCUCAUUCAACCGCAGUUUAGUGUUGGAUUAAAAGGUGUAUCAGAAACAGACAUUAAUAAUGUGGAGGACUUAAUCAUCACUACACUAAAACAGCUGGCUGAAGAAGGCUUCCAUUCCGAUGCUGUAGAAGCUUCAAUGAAUACAAUUGAGUUUUCUCUCAGAGAAAACAAUACUGGAUCAUUUCCUCGUGGUUUAGCACUUAUGCUUCGAUCAAUGGGAAAAUGGAUUUAUGACAUGGAUCCUUUCGAGCCUCUAAAGUAUCAAGAACCUUUGAAGGCAUUGAAAGCUAGAAUAGCUGAGGAGGGCUCCAAAGCAGUCUUUGCGCCGUUAAUAGAGAAAUUCAUUUUGAAGAACCCGCACCGGGUAACUAUUGAGAUGCAGCCUGAUCCGGAGAAGGCUGCUCGAGAUGAAGCAGCUGAAAAAGAAAUUCUGGAUAAGGUGAAAUCUGGCAUGACCAAAGAGGAUCUUGCUGAACUUGCUCGUGCAACACAUGAGCUUAAGUUGAAGCAGGAGACCCCUGAUCCACCAGAAGCUCUAAAAUGCGUUCCAAGCCUUUCUCUGGAAGACAUUCCUAAAAGGCCUAUACAUGUUCCUACAGAGGUUGGUGACAUCAAUGGCAUAAAAGUCUUACAGCAUGACCUUUUCACAAAUGAUGUUCUAUAUGCUGAGGUGGUUUUCAAUAUGAGCUCUUUAAAGAAAGAGCUUCUUCCAUUAGUGCCCCUGUUCUGCCAAUCACUGCUGGAAAUGGGUACUAAAGACUUGGAUUUUGUACAACUAAACCAAUUAAUUGGAAGAAAAACUGGUGGAAUAUCAGUAUAUCCUUUCACAUCAUCAGUUCGAGGAAAGGAGGAUCCAUGCAGCCGUUUAAUUGUUCGCGGCAAAGCUAUGUCUGAACGCACUGAAGAUUUAUUUAGCCUGAUCAACCGCAUUCUUCAAGAUGUUCAAUUGACAGACCAACGGCGUUUUAAGCAAUUUGUUUCUCAAAGCAAAGCCAGAAUGGAGAAUCGGUUAAGGGGCAGUGGACAUGGCAUUGCAGCUGCUAGAAUGGAUGCAAAGCUCAAUGUUGCUGGUUGGGUCUCUGAACAAAUGGGUGGUGUCAGUUACUUGGAGUUUUUACAAGAUCUUGAAGAGAGAUUAGAAGAUGACUGGUCCGGAAUAUCUUCUUCACUUGAGGAGAUACGUAAAAGUUUGAUUGCAAAAACUGAUUGCCUAAUAAAUCUGACGGCUGAUGCAAAGAAUCUGAAUAACGCUGAGAAAUAUGUCAGCAAGUUUCUUGAUAUGCUUCCUAACCCUUCCUUGGCUGGAUCUACUUCUUGGAGCGGUCGUCUCCCUCCUAUUAAUGAAGCUAUAGUUGUACCCACUCAGGUAAAUUAUGUUGGAAAAGCAGCUAAUCUUUUUGAUGUUGGCUAUCAACUUAAAGGAAGUGCCUAUGUCAUCUCUAAAUACUUGAGCAAUACAUGGCUAUGGGAUCGUGUGCGAGUUAGUGGUGGGGCUUAUGGAGGAUUUUGUGAUUUCGACACUCAUUCAGGUGUGUUCUCAUACCUAUCUUACAGAGACCCCAAUUUAUUGAAGACACUUGAUGUUUAUGAUGGCUCAAGCAACUUUUUGAGAGAACUUGAAAUGGAUGAUGAUGCUCUCACUAAGGCAAUUAUUGGUACCAUUGGAGAUGUUGAUUCUUAUCAACUACCUGAUGCAAAAGGAUAUAGUAGUUUACUGAGGUACUUGUUAGGAGUCACAGAGGAAGAGAGACAAUUGAGACGUGAAGAGAUCUUGUCAACCAGGUUGAAUGACUUCAAAGAAUUUGCUGAUGUCCUUGAGGCCGUCAAGAACAAAGGUGUUGCGGUUGCUGUUGCAUCUCCUGAUGACGUUACCGCUGCAAACAAGACGAGGCCUGAUUUCUUUAAAGUGAAGAAGGCACUAUAAAAUUUUUAAGUGAGUGUUCACGUAUUUAUCACUGGAGAUAUAUUCCCCCUCUAUUCUUCGUGAAUCUACAUAUGUUGGAGGGGUUCAAAGGAAGCGAAGCCGAUCUCCAUGCUGCUCCAGGGGCUUCUCAUAGUCCAGCAGAAAAGAACUGCUUCACAACUUUUGGGCAUUAGUUCUAAAUCGAUUCGAUAAUAGGAGUUCUGUAAUACACUUCCAGCCGUACACAUUGGUAUUUGUAAGAAACACUUUCAGGAUAAUUUAUUCAUAUAAUUUGCAAUAUUCA